UUGCAUUUACAUGAAAGAUGAUGGAAAUUCAGAGGUCAGGAGUCGUUUAGUAAAAAGUCACUUGAAUACACGUGCCUCCCUUACCGUCCUCCACCUGUUGAAGAAGAUGUCUUCGAUCUUUUAAUUCAGUGAAUUUUCACCGGCGAUCAAAAAGCUACUGAACAACAAAGGAAGCCGCCCGCUUUUUCUCUCGUCUGGAGUUGUGGCACAUGAACGAAUUUCAAACAGUCUGACAAGGGGUGACUGAAUUGUGAAGUCGAGGAAGACAAGAGUUUUUUUUCUCUCUCUCCCUCUCUUCAGUUCGCUCUUUUCUGCUGCCCGUCUCUCCCCCCACCCUCCUCCCCACGACCACCACCCCCACCUCCCCUCCUCUUUCCAUAUUAUAUAUAAAAAAAGAGAGAGAGGACAGAGGAAAAGAAAGAAAAUCUGGACUCGACAAUAAUUUAUCAGGAGCGACUGUCAUGCGCGCACAAUACCUGGGAUUGAUGAGGCGAGCGAGCCAAUCAGAAGGCGGGAUGGUCGGCCCCAGUCGUUGAUUGGUGACCGGGCGCAACGGGGCAGCACGGGCCUGGCCAAUGGGCUCGAAAGUCGGGGGGCACGUGAUCCCUCCCCCAACUCCCAUUCAUCAAGGGGAUGGUGUUGUCUUUUCAAUUCAUUUAUCUGCAGGAAUGAUUGCCGCUAUCAUUCUCGAGCUCACCGCCCGGCUGAUGAGGUGAAAGUUUCUCCCCAGGAAGAUAAACCGCAAAAGACAAUAUUGCAUGAUUUGCGUUUGCAGAGGGGGGAAUAUCUCCAGCAAAUUCCCACACGCUGAAGAGAGAGAAAAGGAGAAAGAAAAAUAAGGAGUUUUUGCAAGUCCUCCAAACAGACUCAGAGACUGUUUUCCAUUGAGCAAGUUUCGUUGUGAAUUGCCUUUCUUUCUUUUCAAACAAAAAAAAUAUACCAUUAUUCCUUCGCCAACCCCCAUCGCCAGACGAUGCUUUUGGACGCUGGACCUCAAUAUCCUACUCUUGGAGUGACUACCUUCGGCUCAUCUCGACAUCACUCAACAGGCGAUGUCAACGACCGAGAAGUAGGGCUGGGGAUCAAUCCUUUCGCUGACGGGAUGGGCGCUUUUAAGAUCAGCCCCAGCACUCACGAUCUCGCAUCGGGUCAAACUGCCUUCACAUCGCAGGCUCCGGGUUACGCCGCUGCUCUGGGACACCAUCCGAGCCAUGUGAGUUCGUACAGCAGCGCAGCGUUCAACUCGACCCGGGACUUUCUGUUUCGCAACCGGGGCUUUGGGGAAGCGGCGGCCAGCGCCGGCCACAGUCUGUUCGCCUCAGCGGCUGCUGCGGGCAGCUUCGCCGGACCUCAUGGACAUACUGACGCCGCGGGGCAUCUACUCUUCCCGGGUCUUCACGAGCAACCGACCAGCCACGCUUCGUCCAAUGCACAUGUAAUGAACGGCCAAAUGCGCUUAGGUUUUUCAGGGGACAUGUACGGCAGAGCAGACCAGUACAGCCAAGUUACUAGUCCCAGAUCGGACCACUAUGCUUCGACCCAGCUACACAGCUAUGGCCCCAUGAACAUGAACAUGGCGGCCCAUCAUGGGGCCGGGGCCUUCUUUCGUUAUAUGAGGCAACCCAUUAAGCAAGAACUCAUAUGUAAAUGGGUAGAGCCCGAACAGUUGACGAAUCCUAAAAAAUCCUGCAACAAAACUUUUAGCACAAUGCACGAACUGGUUACUCACGUAACAGUGGAACACGUUGGGGGACCAGAACAGUCGAAUCAUAUCUGUUUCUGGGAAGAGUGUUCAAGAGAGGGAAAGCCUUUCAAAGCCAAAUAUAAACUUGUAAAUCACAUCAGAGUCCACACUGGUGAGAAACCAUUCCCCUGUCCAUUCCCUGGCUGUGGGAAAGUCUUUGCCAGAUCAGAAAAUCUCAAGAUCCACAAGAGAACUCACACAGGCGAGAAACCGUUCAAGUGUGAGUUCGAAGGGUGCGAUAGGCGUUUCGCUAACAGCAGCGACCGCAAGAAGCACAUGCACGUGCACACUUCCGACAAGCCGUACCUCUGCAAAAUGUGUGACAAGUCCUACACUCAUCCCAGCUCUCUGCGAAAACACAUGAAGGUCCACGAAGCAUCCUCUCAAGGAUCACAGCCUUCUCCAGCGGCAAGUUCCGGCUACGAGUCCUCAACACCCCCCACCAUCGUGUCGCCCUCCACAGAAAACCAGACCAACAGUUCAAUGUCCCCAACAUCUUCUGCAGUCCACCACACGUCCAACCACAGCACGCUUUCAUCGAACUUUAACGAAUGGUACGUUUAAGUAGACAUACAUCAAAAAAUUACAAAAACAUACAAAAAAACUUUUCACAAAAAAGACUCCAAAGUUACGAUCGCGAGGAAUCAAAGACAAUAAAAAGCUGCCAAUAGACGCCGAGAGGAUUUUUUUUUAAAGAAAGGAAGAAACCAAAACCUUGAAAGGUUACAUUGUAGCAAAUUUUAAAAUGCAUGUAGGACGAUGAUAUUUCUCUAGUCAUUGCCUAGUGCCAGGAUCAAAGCAAGAACGGAUAAAGCUUUGAAAUUGCAUGUGUUCUAUGGCAGCGGCCUUUUCUCUCCUUUUUUUGUAAAUAUAGAAUUAUUAGUUUAAGAGUCUAAUGUUUCAAUCUUGUACAUAGGCACAUCACAGGGGAUUUGUCAACGUGGUAUUUGCAAAUAUGGGCGACGGUUGGAAUAAAAUGCAAUUAUUUGUUUAUGGAUGGCAAAAAAAGUUACUAUAGUCGAUGUGUACCAAAAUGUGAAUUAAUUUGUAUUUCAGUCUCAACUGAGAGUCAGAAAGCUAGCAGAUACUAUUGUUAUUAAUGUGCUUUUUGUAUCCAGUGCAAACCUUCGUCCCAAAGUCCAGUCGGAGUAGUGAAGUGUUCAAAGUGUUGCUUGUUAUGUCAAAAACAAAUCGUAGUGCAAGCUUGGAACUCCGUGUUAAAAUGUAACUUUGUUUUAUGUAAGACUUGAUAUUAAAGCAAAAUAAGAAAUUUAUCUGUUCAUUGCCUUCGCAGUUGCGAUAAAUUUAUGUAUAUAUUCCCAAUCUCCAUAUUUAUCCGCAUGUACGUAAAUUACCGGUAUUACGUGUUACAGAUAUUCGAUAUUUAUGAAAGAUGCAUUCGUAUGUAAAACCUAGUUUACAAACUGUUCCAUAACAUUUCGUACAAUAUUAAAGAUUCCAAAA